AUGACUGAAGAUCCGAGCGACUGGGAGGAAACAAUUGAUCCACGACCGCACGGGGAUUGCGAUGUUGGCGACUCCGACGUUGUCAACAUUGACGCUUUGGAGCAAACAGAGGACGAGUCGCAUCAGGCACUAGACCAAACAGCUGAUGUAGAGCACGGAAACAAAGAAAGUUUAAUCGACAAACCCUCAACUGAAGAUUCAGCCGAGAAUCUAUCUGGAUGUAUAGCUGACAUGGUCUCGGAAUGCCCUUCGACUAUUGCCGUGGUGGAAAAUGAUAGUCAAGGUACAAACGGAAGCGUUUUACCAAAAAAUGACUCAUCAAAUGACCGUUUUUCUUUGGAUGCCCGAUUUGAUGAACGAACAGAGGCAAUGCGUCUCGAUGACCAACAAGAUACAUCAAAUCACGAUGUCGAGCCUUCUGGUGACACUGGGUCGCCACCAUCUUACUCUCAAACCCAAAAUACUAUAGUCGACACAUUUGAAGUAAAAGAUUCCCAUCGCGCUCAAAAUAAGCAAGAAAGCCCUUCAGAAACACGUGAAGAAGGUAUGCGUGAGCUUAUCUGCGAAAAUGACACUUGUCAUUCGGACGCAGAGAAAUUGCGCAGCGAACCUCCGAAAACCAGAGAAGAAAAAAAGGGUUCAUCAGAGAUGAAUGAGCAAAAGAGUUCGUCAGAUCCUAAUUCUGAACGCUCGACAGGCCCUGCUGGGAUACCUUUACCGGGAUCACCUUAUUUCAAUCCUUUCGACUCACCAACGGAAGGAGAACGAGGCUCACGCCGGGGCUCCACUGACGGUAUUCCUUCAUUGGACGAUACACUGCCCGGUGAACUCUUUGCCAAUUCACCCAUGAAACAAGUAUGGGAGCUUCGAAAACGCAAAUUAGACCAGGCAAAUGAGACGAUGGACAAGGUUAUGGAUAUGGUUGGGAUUGAUCACAUAAAAGCAGCCUUUCUAGACAUUAAGGGAAUGAUUGAUACAGCACGAAGCCGACGUGAACAUUUAAGGAAGCAUGAUCUCAAUUUCGUCUUGACUGGUAACCCAGGAACUGAGCCUCCAGAAUACAAAUCCUUGUCGGGUCGCAACCUCAACACCGCAUCAAACUUACAGACUUUUGUUGACUCAAUCAGCGACGGAGUCUUGUCUCUUUACGACGCAGGCUCCGUUGAUUACAAUGUAUUUGCAUUCUUAAUAGACGCUUUAAACAAUCGUCCUGGGGUUAUUUUGAUCAUGUCAGGCUCAGCUGACAACAUACCACCCCUCCUAGGAAGUUCUCCGAAUGGCAGGUGGCUUUUUCCACAGAGACUUCAUAUCGAAGACUAUAAUGAUGAAGAACUUGGAAACAUUUUCCUACAGAUGGUUCGGCAAGACAAUUUUAAGAUCGAAGGGGGACCAACUGGCCCGUAUCCUCGCAUAUUAGCUAGGCGUGUGGGUUAUGGCCGAGAUGAGCCUGGAUUCGGAAACGCACAUGAACUCCGGUUAUCCUACUUAAAAAUCCUAGAGCGACAAGCUUCUCGCCUCCUGAAGAAGCUGGUAAAGAUCGAUGAUCUAUCGGUUGAGCCGGCUCCAGAUGAGAACCUACUGACAGGUGAAGACAUUCUUGGACCUGAGCCUGAGGACUGCCGAGAAAAGUGUGACGCAUGGAAGGAGCUUGAAAAAAUGGCUGGGCUAGAUGAUGUGAAACUAGCCAUUAGCAAAAAUUUUGAUCGGGCUAAAGUCAACUACCGAAGAGAGAUCGACGGCAAGGAGCUUCUCAACACAUCCUUGAAUAGAGUCUUCUUGGGGCCGCCUGGAACAGGUAAAACGACAGUAGCAAAGCUCUAUGGUCAAAUCAUUGCGGAAAUUGGUCUCGUGCCAAAUCGAGAAGUGGUUUUCAAAGUUCCCAGCGACUUCAUUGGCCGCUAUUUGGGCGAUUCGGAGUUUAAAACAAAUGCUAUUAUAAACGCGACAAAAGGGAAAGUCUUGAUUAUAGACGACGCACACAUGUUCUUCAAUGGGACAGAUGAGACGGAUGAAUUUCGGCUUGCCUGCCUUGAUGUUAUUGUUUCUAAAAUCCACAACAGACCGGGAGAGGGUCGCUGCAUUAUCCUCAUCGGAUAUCCCGACAGGAUGGAGGAGAUGUUUCAAAAGUGCAAUCCAGGACUGCGUCGACGGUUUCCACUUGAGGAAGCCUUUCGAUUUCACGAUUACGAUGAUGAGAGACUCCGAGAAAUACUUGAUUUGAAAAUGGAAGAGAGCGAGAUCAAAGCUUCUACAGCUGCGAUGGAAGUUGCUUCAGAAGUGCUGCGCCGGGCAAGAGAUCGACCUAAUUUUGGCAAUGGCGGAGACAUUGUUAAUUUGCUAAAUCAGGCAAAGGUCAGAUAUCGAGAGAGAACAUUACGAAAGGACACGCCCAAAGGGCCAGAAAACUGUCAUGAGGCAAGGAAGACAAAAAAGCUCAAUGGAGACAAGCCAGCCCUUAGCCAGGAAGCGGUUGCAACUUGCGGAUUGGCUCACACAAACUCGUUUGAGCUUCAUGAUCUGGAGAUGGCCAGUAUUACCCUCGAGCCGGAGGAUUUCGACCCCAACUAUAAUCGUGGAUCUACUGCAGCCGAAAGAUGCCGAGCCCUCUUUGAUGGCUUAAUAGGAUUCGAAGAGACGAUUUCACUCUUUACAGGCUAUCAACGAACGGCUGAGAACUUACGGCGUAAAAAUAAGAAUCCCAGGGACACUAUUCCUUUUACCUUUGUUUUUAAAGGUCCACCAGGUACUGGGAAGACACACACAGCUCGCAUAGUUGGUCAGAUUUUUUAUGAUAUGGGGAUUUUAUCUACUAAUGAGGUAGUUGAGUGCUCUGCUUCACAGUUGAUUGGGAAGUACGUUGGUCAUACUGGCCCAAAGGUAAUCGAUUUAUUUGAAAAAUCACUAGGCAAAGUUUUAUUUGUCGACGAAGCCUAUCGCCUAGGGUUUAGUGGUCGAAACAGCUUUGGAGACGAGGCAGUCGCGGAAAUAGUUGACUGCAUGACGAAACCUCGCUACCAGCGCAAACUAGUCAUUGUUCUAGCUGGUUACACACGCGAGAUAGACCUUCUUAUGAAAGUGAAUGCUGGUCUUCGAGGUCGUUUCACUACUGAAAUCAACUUCAGUCCCAUGAAGCCGCGGGCAGCUCUGCAAUAUCUUCGAACCUUACUCUCCAAGCAAGAUAUUGAAUUGCUGGAAGACAAUGAUGUUGACACAAAUGAGUACGAAACAAUAAUAAGGCUACUUAUGAAGCUAAGUAUGACAAAUGGCUGGUCGAAUGGACGAGAUGUCAACACACUAGCGGGUAUGAUUACGGAACAUGCUUAUAAUCACAGCGAAGUGGAAGAAGAUGGCAAAAGCGUGUUUGUUCAAAGAAGAGACUUGAUCAAGCUUCUUAAGGACAUGUUACGACAAAGGAUUAAGGGAGGGGUAGCUUGA